GCUGCCUACAGUGGCGAUUUGAUUUAAUGCGCUUUGCUGCCCCCUAGUGGACUUUUUUGGUAAUUUAUUUUAGUUUGUCUAGUUUUAAUGACAUCAUCACUAGUAGCCUGUUAGUGAGUACAGUGAAGCAAGCAUGGUUGUACCUGCCGAAUAAUCCUGUUCCAUCUACCAUCUGCUCAAGCUCUUUUCAAGCAUCGUUGUUUUACCUUUUCUCAACUUGCUACAUUAAACAAGUAAACUACUUCCUCUGUGUGGUAAAUGGGAAAUGAGUUAACUGCCUGUCAAAUUAUACACGGAGUAUAAGGAGGACAGAACAGUAAAACAACGGCUUCUCUUAGAGCUGAUCCACAGGAGAUCGGAACAAAGAUUUUGGCACAUCGUCUCGGCACUGCUUUAGCCUCGAUUAUAUAACUUCAGUACUAUAACUACCUUAUCAUGGAAGGAGAGGGUACUACGUCCAGUCGCUCCUUACAUACAAGGUCCCGAGUCUCGCGUUCAUCAAGGCACACACAAGGGUCCACUACAAGCAGAGUCGCUGCUAUGGCCCGUGCUGAAGCUGAGGCAGCUAAAGCUCUGAUGGCAUUUUCUGAAAAGGAAAUAGAUAUGAAAGUACAGAAAGCACACUUGGAAGCCUCCUUAGAUGCCUUGAGUUUAAAGAAAAGUGCGGCAGCGGCAACAGCAAAAGCUGAAGCAUUAGAAGCAGCUCUAAGGAUGGAUGAUGAUCUCAGUCAAAAACUUGACAGUCAGUUGGAGUUAGAGCCUCAAAACCCCAUGCAGCGCACUGGAGAAUAUGUACAAAAGUAUUCUCUGUCAAAUUCAAGCAUCAAAAUGGAGUCAGAUUUAAAUGUUUCUCACACACAUGAGCCUCAAACAGACAAAAUGCUCAUUCAAGAUCCUCCAGCAUCCAGCAUCACUAAGAGAGAACCUUCCGAUAUAAGGCCAACAAUAGGACUGACUCCAUCAGUGGGACGGCAGGAGACAUAUGAACAAGCAUGCCCUUCUCUUCAUGGAAGAGGUAGUGGAAUAAAAGACGAGCAAUACAGUGGUUUGCAGGAUCAACAUGAAGCAUGCAGUGUUCAUCAAUAUCCACCUAUCCGACCUCCAGACAGGAAUUAUCAAGCUCACUUGCAACAGGGACAGCAACUUCAGGACCAAAGUAUGAUCAACAUCAUGAAGUUCAUGGCUAGACGAGAAAUUGUUACCACUGGGCUUUUACAGUUUGACGACAGACCCGAAAAUUAUAGAGCUUGGCGAGCAUCAUUUGUGAAUACUGUUGGGGAGCUAAGUGUGACCGAAAAGGAAGAACUUGACCUUUUGGUUAAGUGGCUUGGUCGUCAGUCUGCAGAGCAGGUGAAACGGAUAAGGGCUGUACAUGUCAACAACCCUAAGAAAGGUCUCCAGAUGGCAUGGGAGAGACUAAAUCAGUGUUACGGAGCUCCAGAAGUCAUUGAGGAAUCGCUGUGGAAGAGGAUUGACAGCUUUGAUAGAAUCUCUAAUAAAGACCAUCAGAGGCUCAGAGAACUUGGUGAUCUGCUGAUGGAACUUCAAGCAGCAAAGGAGGAAGGUGCCUUUCCAGGACUUGCUUACUUGGACACAGCAAGAGGUAUAAGUGGCAUAGUACAAAAGCUGCCAUUUGCUCUCCAAGAAAAAUGGAUGGCUCAAGGCUCUAAAUACAAGGAUGAGCACAACACACCUUUCCCACCGUUUUCAUUCUUUGUGACCUUUGUCUGUCAGCAAGCGAAGAUGCGAAAUGAUCCGAGUUUCAGUUUAGCUCCUCUUAUUGCUGAUACUACAAGAGUAGAGAGACGCUUUUCCAGAGAUGGCAAGUCCAGGGCACCUAUUUCAGUCCACAAGAUGGAUGUUGCUGCAGAUCCUAUCCCACCUGUGCAUGCAGUACGUACCAAGAUUGUGGACCCAUCCAAGAUAUGUCCCAUACACAACAGACCUCAUCCGCUACACAAAUGUCGUGGAUUCAGAGAAAAAACUCUAGAGGACAGAAGAACUUUUCUCAAGCAGAACGGCAUCUGCUAUCGUUGCUGUGGUUCCAUUUCACAUCUUGCAAGAGACUGUGACAAAAUUGUUAAAUGCACUGAAUGCAAUAGUGAGAGGCAUAUUGCUGCGCUUCAUCCUGGACCUGUCCUGCAGCCCACAAAGUCCUCAUCACCUGUGACUGUGCAUGGCGGGGAGGAAGACACUGGGAGUUCUGACUCAGUGACAGCAACAUGCACUGAGGUCUGUGGUGAAGACUCAAGUGAAAGAUCUUGUUCCAAGAUUUGUUUAGUAAAGGUCUUCCCUACUGGCCAGAAAGAAAAGGCAAUCAAGCUGUAUACAAUUAUUGAUGAUCAAAGUAAUCGUUCUUUGGUAAAGUCAAGCUUUUUUGAUAUUUUUGGUAUCAAAAGGUGCCAUCAAUCCUCUUACACACUAAAGACAUGUGCAGGAACAGUCAGCACCUCGGGAAGACAGGCUAGUGGGUUCCAGAUCGAGUCUAUGGAUGGGCAAGUCAGCAUCCCACUACCCACUCUCAUUGAAUGUGAUGACAUCCCUAAUGACAGGACAGAAAUUCCCACUCCUGAAGCUGCUUUCCACCAUAAGCAUCUAAACUCACUGGCAGAACAGAUUCCAGAGCUAGACCCUGAUGCUCCAAUUCUGAUGUUGCUUGGAAGGGACAUCAUAAGAAUUCACAAAGUACAUGAGCAGAUCAACGGACCACAUGACGCGCCCUUUGCUCAAAAAUUGGAUUUGGGAUGGGUCAUCGUGGGCAACAUCUGUCUGGGCGGUGUCAAGAAAUCGGAAACCAUCAGCACACUAUUCACACACACUCUGGAGAAUGGUCGUAGGACUGUCUUUAAACCAUGUCCAAACCAUUAUCUCAUAAAGGAGAAGUAUGAUGACAUGGCAUCUAGUAACAUUCAUUCACAACUGCAGUCAGAAGUGGAAAAUUCUCUGGGUCAUGUUACAUUCAAAAGAACAAAAGAUGAUGAAAGGAUAGCUCCUUCUGUGGAAGAUAGGAUGUUUCUGGACCUCAUGCAAAGGGGUUUCUACAGAGAUACUGACAACAGUUGGGUGGCUCCUUUGCCCUUUAAACCUCAAAGGCUACGUCUUCCAAACAACAGGGCUCAAGUCUGGAAUCGCUUUACAUCCCUACAGCGAUCCUUCAAGUCAAAGCCACAGAUGAAGGACCAGUUCUUCACAUUCAUGGGCAAAGUGUUUGAGUGUGGACAUGCUGAAUUGGCCCCACCACUCACAAAAGAUGAAGAGUGCUGGUACCUCCCGAUUUUUGUCGUAUAUCAUCCAAGAAAGCCAAGCCAAAUUCGGGUGGUGUUCGACUCAAGUGCUCGCUGGGAUGGAGUGUCUCUGAACGAUGUUCUGCUGAAGGGCCCAGACCUCAACAAUAGUCUUCUUGCAGUACUCAUUAGGUUUAGGAAGGAUGCAGUUGCAUUUAUGGCGGACAUUCAGCAGAUGUUCCACUGCUUUAUAGUCAGACCUGAAGACAGGAACUUCCUGCGUUUUUUUUGGUUCCAGGACAACAACCCCAAUAACCAAAUUGUUGAGUGUCGGAUGAGAGUGCACGUAUUUGGAAACAGUCCUUCCCCUGCUGUGGCCAUUUAUGGCCUUAGACAUGCUGCUCAAGAGGAAGAAAGCGAAUUUGGAACUGAUGCAAAGAAGUUUGUGGAAAGAGACUUCUAUGUUGAUGAUGCGGUCAAAUCUGUACCUACUGCAAGGGUUGCUGUGGAUCUUUUGAAAAGGACUCAAGAAAUGCUGGCAUGCUCAAACCUUCGUCUACACAAGAUAGUGUCUCCAAACAGAGAAGUCAUGGAAGCCUUUCCUGUUGAGGAUCAUGCCAGUGAUUUAAAGAAUCUUGAUUUCAGUGUCGACUCUCUACCUGUACAACGAAGUCUUGGCGUCAGCUGGAAUCUUAAGAAUGAUACAUUCACGUUUCAGGUAUCCAGUGAAAAGAAACCUUUCACACGUCGCGGAAUCCUUUCAACAAUCAACAGCCUGUAUGAUCCCUUGGGAUUUGCUGCACCAGUCCUCAUACAGGGAAAAAUUCUCCUUCGAGAUCUGGCAUCACAUGCUGAAGACUGGGAUGCACCUUUACCACCUGAAAGGAAACAAGCGUGGGACACAUGGAGAGACAGGCAGUAG